CAGAAAGAAGAAUUUAAAUGAGGAAAUUAACUCUAGUUAUAUGAUAGUUGAUUUCAUGCUUAAUGCGUUUUUCGUUAGGAGGUGAAAGCCUGUAUUUUGCUGUAUUUGACCUGCAUAGAUUGUAACACUUUCUAGGUGAAUAUAUUAUACGUCCGAAGCAACCACCCUAAAAAACAUGAUGGAAAUGUUUGCCACCAAAUACAAAGUGCAUACGUGUUAUACGUGUCAAGGGGACACGAAUUACUCUUGUAUAACGUGUGAAUGUGAUAUGUGUUCCCAGUGUACAGUAAACCAUAAACAAGAUCUAAAAACAAUUGACCAUAAUAUUGUAAUAUACCGUGAUAAACCCAUAUCAAAUCUAAAACAAGUGAACCACUCGAAACACUCAGAUAUAAAAGAGCACCAUGAUCUAAGUGAGCAACCUGCCUGUUGUCUCGGCAAGGAGCACAGGAAACAUACCUUACUAUAUAUUAGAGAUGAAACAGAGCAAGAAGACCAGCGAAGAAUGAUUCAAAUCAUUAGAAGUGAGGUUCUUCUAAACAGACAAGUUCUCAUGACAACAAUCGAGGAAGAUCACAAUAUCUGUCACGAAACAUUCACAUUAUAUCAAUCUAAGAUGUUAAAAAAGGCCCAGAGACUAAAGGAUCGCCUUCACAAUGGGUUUGGUGGAUUUAAUUUCAAACACAGAUGUUCAAAACAGAGGAGAUAUUGUUACAGUACAGAAAGAUACGAGCUUAGAUAUGAACAGUCAGCAAUAAAUCCAGUGCAAUUUCUCAGAGAGAAAUCUCACAUCCCCCAAAUAUGUGACAGCCCACAUCUUACUAUCCACACCAACCAUCUUUCCAUUAAUAACGCUAUCAACACAAAGGAUGUGUUGGAGUCACUGAUUGAUAUCAAAAUGAGAGAUGGAGAAAAACGACACUUUAAAAAUGAGCGUCUGCUGAAACUGAUGACUGGUGUUGAGUUACAUCAAUCUUUGUCAGUGAAAGACGCAAGACAUUGUGACCACAUUUCCUGUGUAACAUCAGACCGGGUUUGGAUCAGUUACAGAGACCAUCUGAUGUUGAUAAACACAAAAGGUGACACUCUUUAUUCCUUGAACAAGUUAUCAAAUUAUUCUGAUGGAUUUCACACCGUGAACAAAGAGAACGAAUUGAUUUUUAUUGGUAAUGGUUGCAUCACUAAACUUUCAAGGGAUAUGAAAACAGCCACUACAUUUAUUGAGACAAAAGAUUCUCCGUGGAGACCAAGGUGUGUUUACUGUUCUCCGUCCACUGGAGAUCUACUGGUCGGUGUGUAUCGAUAUUUAGAGGAAAAAGAGACAGGUAAAGUUACCCGGUACAACCAGAUCGGAAAACUGACACAAACAGUAUUUACCGACAACACAGGAAAUAACUUAUAUAAAUCACCACGCUAUAUAACAGAAAAUAACAAUGGGGAUGUCGUGGUGUCUGACAUUAAUAUAGGAGUAGUUGUAACAGAUUGUGUAGGAAGACAUUGUUUCUCCUACACAGGACAUCCACCAGAAAUAGGACUUAUUCCAUAUGGAAUCUGUACUGACGUGCUAUCACACAUCCUGGUGUGUGAUGGUAAAGCCAACACAGUACAGAUGAUAGACAGGGACGGUCAGUUCCUGUCAUAUCUACGUAUAAGACCUUCAGGGAUAUUUACACCACACAGCCUGAGCUAUGAUGCCAAUACUCACCGUUUCUGGGUUGGAUCUAAUCAAUAUAGCACAAUCUGCGUUUACAGGUUUAUCACACGACAGGGGGGUUUGACAGAUUUGAAUGCAGACAUUUUUGAUGAGGUGGAGGGAAUGGGGGAUGUCCAAACACCGGAAACAAAAACCCCACAAGAAAGAAAGGACAACUUAUUGGGAUUAGGUUCUCCCAAAAAGUUAUCCAUCUCUCCAGAAGUGAUGGGUGUCUUUAGCUGUCAUCACAUUUCCUGUGUGACAUCAGAUAGGGCCUGGGUCCACGAUAAAAAAUCUAUUAUCUUGACAAAUAAAGCAGGGGAAACUUUGCAUCAUCUGGAAGAUUUAUGUGAAGAUUCAUAUUCUGGACUACAUUCUGUGAACAAUGAAGAUGAACUAUUUUAUAUAGAUGAGGAAUAUAACAUAAGAAAAUUAUCAAAGGAUAUGAGAAGUACAACCUUAUUUACACUGACAACGGCCUCUAUAAGGAUACCACAGUGCCAUAUAUGGAUGCCGUCUUCUUUUAAUAAAGACGCUAAAUGGCAGUAUGUAAAAUGGCCAUUCUCUACUACGAAUCAAACUUCUACCUGGAGACCACGAUGUGUUUGUUGGUCACCGUUCACUGGAGAUUUACUGGUCGGGAUGUACAUAGAGGAACCAAACAUAGGCAAAGUAACUCGGUACAACCAAAGCGGAGAACUGGCACAAACAAUACAAUAUAACGACAACGAAUUGGAACUGUACCGUGGACCGCGCUUUAUAACGGAGAACAACAACGGGGAUAUCGUGGUGUGCGACGAUGAUGCUUUAGUGGUAACAGAUCGGGAUGGAAGACAUCGUUUCUCCUACACAGGGCAUCCAUUAGGAUCAGGACUAUUACCAGGUGGAAUCUGCACAAAUGCAUUGUCACACAUUUUUGUCUGUGAUAGUAUAUCCAAAACAGUGCACAUGAUAGAUAAAGAUGGACAGUUCCUGUUGCAUGUGAUGGAACCGCAAGAGGAAGAUGAACCUUGCAGUCUGGGUUACGAUGUUCAUACUCAAAGCCUUUGGGUAGGAACACUGUACAACAACACAUUGAGUAUUUACACGUUCAGUGACCAGGACACUGUGACAAAUGAACUACCACCCUCUCCUGGUGAGGAUGUCCUGAUCGGCGCAGGGUCAGUCUGAGAGGAAUAGAGAUAGCUUUUAAUUUUACAGCCCGGUCAUCAUUUUGCGUCGCUCAAUAUCCCCUAAAGAUAGAGAAUGGUAUUAUUGGAUUUCCACGCAGUUUUGAAUGAACAAAGACAUGUAUGAUGGGGGAAAAUUCAAUUGGUUUUCAAGAGGUUGUUUUUUUUUCAAACCCUAUAGUUACAAUGUAUGCAUAUCUUGAAUUAUAAAGGAGACUCGAUGAUGAACAAUUACGCAUCAGAUGUACCAAUGUUUUGUUAAUGUUUUUGGAUCUAUGAACUAGUGUUUAGUAAAGUAAACAAAACCAAAAAUACAAAUAUAUAACCUUUAAAAUUUGUGUUAAUUCUUAUCUCCUACUUUGGAUUGUCUAAAGAUUGUCGCCGAAAGGAUUGGGCAAACCAAACAUUCACCCAGACCAUGCGAGACAUUAUGAAGUAGCAUUUGAAAUAGAAAAAAUGUAAUUUUUCAAAUUUGUGACAUUUCCUUUAUAUCUUAGAAAUAGUAAAAAAAUGGACGUGACCAUCUAGCCUUUUUAACUGUAUACAUAUAAUAAAUCGAUGAAGAUUGUCACAAAUUCAAAAUUUGUUAUCUAAAUUGACUUUGGGAACAUAUUGCUAUUGUGUACUAACAGUGUUUAUUUAUUUAAGCAUUUUUGAUUUGUUUUACCUGAAACAACUUUUUUAAGGUAUGGCAAAUAAGAUAAAUAUAAAGUAAAAAGGGAAUACUGUGUAAUCAUCGUUGUUCGUGGAGGGGCAAUUUUCGUGGAUUUCGUCGGUAACUCUCUUCUACGAAUGUACAUCCCCACGAACGUAUGUAGAAGCAUUUCUUUAAUAUUCACGAAACCACUUAACACUACAAACAAAAUAACGUCCUCGCGAAC